AUGGCCAACUUCCUUGCUUCCAUCUUCGGAACCGAGCUUGACAAGGUCAAUUGCUCUUUCUACUUUAAAAUCGGCGCAUGCCGCCACGGAGAUCGCUGCUCGAGAAAACACGUCAAGCCUUCCUACAGCCAGACGAUCCUCAUGCCCAACCUCUACCAGAACCCCGCCUACGAUCCGAAAAACCGCAUGAACCCGAGCCAGCUUCAAAACCACUUUGAUGCUUUCUACGAAGACGUAUGGUGCGAGUUGUGCAAAUACGGAGAGCUAGAAGAGCUGGUAGUAUGCGACAAUAACAAUGACCCUUUCCCCGUCACCGACUUCCGCGAAGCCUGCUGCCGUCUUAAUUCGGGCGAGGGCUGUGUGCGCGGCGGCUUCUGCAACUUUAUCCACCGCAAGAACCCCGGCGAAGAGCUUGACCGCGAGCUCACUCUCGCCACCAAGAAGUGGCUCAGAAUGUCCGGCAAGGACGAGAAGACCCUCCAGGUCCCCCACCCCCGAGCCUACCCGAAGGAGAUUCUAGGAGCAUUCUCCGCGAGUGGUGGUGCCAUUUGGACCCUUAGCAGGCCCGCGGAUAGUACACUCGAACAGGAGUACGAGAUGGGCAGCAGCGGUUCACCCCCGCCUUCAAAGUGA